AUGUCGGGCAUCUUUAACAAGUACACACGCGUGCCCACCAACUCGGCGCUGCCAACGAGCGUCUCGGAUACGCGCUCAUCGUCGUCGCCGUCUUGUUCUUGGACUGGGUUUGGACGUGCACGUACACGUUGGGCGCUGAUAGCAGCAGCGGUACUCAGCCUGGUGCUGUUUUUCGGCGUCGCAUCUUCGGACUCGAGCUGGAAGGCGAAGGCGGGCGAAUACGCUGGUAAGCUGACGUGGUCCAAGCCAUCGUCGAAACCGUGGUCUAGCGUUUCCGACGUGGACGGUUAUGAAUUCGGUCGGUGGAUCAACGGUUCGGGUCGAAAGGAUCUGUCGUACGAUUCGGCGUUCAAUCCGGAAGACUUGACUCUCACACAGGACGAGUGCGAUGCGUUUUUCCCAGGCUUGUGGAAGGAGAUCGAUCGAAGCGUAGAAUACUAUACCGAACAUCCAUUGACACUCGAGUACCUGGACAGAGUGUGCGAUGAUGGCAUCUGGUCGCAUGCGCGUGUCGUUAUCCACAACAACCGCGUCUAUCUCAAGUACUUUCAACAGUCCGCAUUUACCCGCAUCAACUCGGCGCUUGCUCUGCUCUUCCAGUCCGUGGUCGCGUCGAGGGAAAAGUUGCCAGAUGCCGAGUUUUGCCUGAGCGCCAACGAUUGGGGAUCGAUGGGCAAGUUUUCGCUCGACCGAAAUCCUUCGUUGUACGACGUAUGGUUGAUGCCAGACUACGGAUUCUACAGUUGGCCCGAGCCUGGCAUUGGUUCGUACACUGAGCAUCGCGAAAAGACUCUGGCUAUCGAGCAAUCUACACCGUGGGAUUCCAAGAUUGCCAAGCUCUUUUGGCGAGGUUCAAUGGGUGUUGGUACUGCGGACCGUAAAGCGCUCCUCGCAGCUGCCGAAAACCACGAAUGGAACGACGUUAGGCCGUUGGACUGGGAUAACCGUCAAGGAUUUGUCAGCAUGGAGGAUCACUGCAAGUGGAAGUUCCACGCGUUUCCCGAAGGCAUGACCUAUUCCGGUCGACUGAGAUACCUUCAAAAUUGUCGAUCUGUCAUUGUCACACACGAGCCACGAUGGAUCCAGCACUGGACGCAUCUGUACAAUCCCGACCGUUCGUCGCCCGAUCAGAACAUUGUAUUCGUACCCGAGUACCAAGGUGAUCAGCCGGGCGUCGAGGUCCAAGACGAUCGUGGCCAGACUGUCCGAGAUACCACCUGGAUGCGUUUACCCGAAGUGAUGGACGACCUCUUGUCCGACGAUGCAAGAGCCAAACGCAUCGCAGAUAACCAGUGGUCCUUUUUCAGAGAACGUUACGUCAGCCCAGCGAGCGCCGCCUGCUAUUGGAGAAAAGCCAUCAUCCAGUAUGCCAAAGUGCAAAAGUUCAGCGUCAACUACACUGGCACCGAAACCAGCUACGAAUCCUUCCUCCUCCUAGGCAACAAGCUCCAAGCCAUCGCUCAAUAA